GAGAAACAGCGGCAGCAGCAAGAGCAGCAGCUGCAGCGGCAUCUGACUCGACCACCUCCCCAGUAUCAGGAUCAGCCACAGAAUCCGUACCAGCAACAGGUUGGACAGUUCACAGGGUCAUCUCCAGCCAUGCCCGGGGUCAGUAAUUUAGGACAAUCCAGCUCCAGUAGUCCACGGAUGUUUCCGCAGACCCAGAACAUGAUUCAGAUGGGACCUGGCCACAGUUCUGUUCCUCCGCUCCAGUCGGGCUCCGGUCAGCAGGAUCGCGGGGUGACUCAGUAUACCAAUAUGCAAAACAUUCAGCGGGGGGGAUUAUACAACUUGGCGUCAGGUAUGACCCAGAUGGUUCCCCAGCAUGCCACGCCGAGUGCCAACGGACAGCCACCGAUGCAGCGACAAGGCAGCUUGGGCCAGGGGGCUGCGGUUCCUGCUGGCUACGGGCAGAACACCUUAGGAAACUCCAGUAUUUCUCAGCAGCACAAUAAAGGGGCACUGAAUCCAACCUUAUCUAAGCCACAGAUGGCAAGAGUACCAGCUGCUAUGGGGGCUCAAAAUCCAUCUUGGCAACACCAAGGUAUCCCUAAUAUCAACAACCAGACACAAGCAAACAGUGGCUUAGGACCAUUUACUGCCAGCUCCUCUUUCCACAUGCAGCAAACUCAUCUAAAGAUGGCCAACCAGCAGUUUGCCCAAGGAAUGCCUCAGGUAAGCCUAAGCACCAGCAGACCGAUGACCUCCAUGAACGCUGCCGUCUCUGGGCAGAUGUUAUCGUCGUCGUUAGGCGCGCAGCAGCGGACAAACCCCCCCACGCAGCAGCAGGUGCCCUCGCAGCAAGUCCUGCCUGGCAUGAACCAGACUGUUCCAGAUCUGAAUGCUUUCAAUCAGAAUCCAAAUCAGCCAAUGCCCAACAGAGGUAAUCUGCACUGUAGUCAGGGGUACCCUGUGAGGACAACCAGUCAGGAGCUGCCUUUUGCCUACAGCAGCCAGUCGGGCAAUAACGGACUUCAGAACUUAACUGGUGACACAGACCUGAUAGACUCGCUGCUGAAAAACAGGACUUCGGAGGAGUGGAUGAAUGAUUUGGAUGAGUUGUUAGGAACUCAUUAG